GAGAACAGGUCAUCUCAUAACCACCAUGGAUUUUAUACAAGCAGACUACUAGCAUCCAUGAUGCACCGUCAACUUCAAUUUAUGACUCACUUGUUGCCUCCAGCACCAUGGAUGAUGCUGCAAUCCUUAAAAACAGAGGCUACAUCCUGGGGACUAUUCUGGGAGAAGGGUCUUAUGCUAAAGUGAAAUCUGCCUACGCUGAAAAAAUGAAAUUUGAUGUAGCAGUAAAAAUCAUAGACCGCAAAAAAGCUCCUCCUGACUUCCUAGAAAAGUUUCUCCCCAGGGAACUAGAUAUUUUAGGAAAGGUGAGGCACCGCUCCAUUAUCAAGACCUAUGAGAUAUUAGAGACCUCUGAAAGCAGAGUCUACAUUGUGAUGGAGCUUGCUGCAAAAGGUGACCUACUGGAGUUCAUCAAAAGUAAAGGAGCAAUGACUGAGGAUGUAGUUCGCAAGAUGUUUUGUCAACUGUGCACCGCCAUUAAGUAUUGCCACGAUCUGGAUUUUGUCCACAGGGAUUUGAAAUGUGAGAACAUACUUCUAGAUAAGGACUGCAACAUCAGACUAUCGGACUUCGGCUUUUCCAAACAACUGAGUCGGGAUCAAAAUGGGAAAGUUAUUCCCAGUCAAACUUUUUGUGGUUCUGCAGCAUAUGCCGCCCCUGAAGUUCUACAGGGCAUUCCCUAUCAACCCAAGAUUUCUGACAUAUGGUGUCUGGGUGUCGUUCUGUUUAUAAUGGUCUGUGGAUCGAUGCCAUAUGAUGACUCAAAUAUUAGAAAGAUGCUCAGGAUGCAGAAGGAACACAGAGUGCACUUCCCCAGGUCUAAAAACCUGACAGUUGAAUGCAAGGAUCUAAUUUACCGCAUGCUGCAGCCAGAUGUGAGUCGGAGGUUGCGCAUUGAAGAGGUUUUGAGUCACAUUUGGAUGCAAACUCCAAAAUCUCAAGCUCCUUCAGGAACUUUGGCUGCAAAGGAAGAUGAGCAUUUGCAGAAUCUAGAAAAGGUAAAGUCAGAACAACAGUAGGAAUCUGAGCUCCCAGUGUAACUAGACAACAAACCUAAGUCUAAAGCAACUGCUAAACUGAAUAUAGUGCCAGAAACAGAGGAUGCAGUGAACCAGGAGGAGCAUGCAGAGGUCAAUGAUCUUGCAGACCAAAUGUGAAGAACAGAGAUAAAAAUGGCAGCAAUUAAAGAUCUAACUGCCAACAUAGCUCUCACACAAGUUACGAGUCAGGGCAG